AACACCCCACCGCAGAAAAGGAACGCAGCGGCGAGCAGAAAACCGAAGACGGGGCCGCCGACGACCCGGCGAAGAAGAAGAAGCAGCGGCGGCAGCGGACCCACUUCACCAGCCAGCAGCUGCAGGAGCUGGAAGCCACUUUUCAGAGGAACCGCUACCCCGACAUGAGCAUGAGGGAGGAGAUCGCCGUAUGGACCAACCUCACCGAGCCCCGAGUCCGGGUCUGGUUCAAGAACCGCCGAGCCAAGUGGAGAAAGCGGGAGCGGAACCAGCAGAUGGACCUGUGCAAGAACGGCUACGUGCCGCAGUUCAGCGGGCUGAUGCAGCCCUACGACGACAUGUACGCCGGCUACCCCUACAACAACUGGGCUACCAAAAGCCUCACCCCGGCUCCGCUUUCCACCAAGAGUUUCACCUUUUUCAACUCCAUGAGCCCCCUCUCCUCGCAGUCCAUGUUCUCGGCGCCCAGCAGCAUCUCCUCCAUGAACAUGCCCUCCAGUAUGGGGCACUCGGCCGUGCCGGGCAUGGCCAACUCCGGCCUCAAUAAUAUCAAUAAUAUCAGCGGUUCCUCGCUGAACUCGGCCAUGUCCUCGCCGGCCUGUCCCUACGGGCCACCGGGUUCGCCUUACAGCGUCUACCGGGACACUUGCAACUCCAGCUUAGCCAGCCUCAGACUGAAAUCAAAGCAGCACUCCAGUUUCGGCUACAGCAGUUUGCAAAGCCCCGGCUCUAGUCUAAACGCCUGUCAGUACAACAGUUGACGGACUUGACACAAACCACCUCCGACAAAACACCGCCGACAAAGC